AUGCUCCUCAGUCGCUUCCAUUUACCCAAAUCAGCUUCUUUGCCAGCUUGGCGCCGAAACGUACAGGUUACUACCAGAUGUCUGUCCAGGGACUCAUUCUUCCCAAGAGAAAAGGAAGUCAAGAAAUCUGAGCUCAACUUGAGAACUAUGAAACCCCCCUCCGGUACUCAGGACUCUUCACGUUAUUUAAGAAGGACUUUUGCCCCGAAAUAUCAGCGAUCUCGUUCUACAAUCGAAGAUGAACUAGAGCAUGUGUUGACUGGUUCUUUGACGGUGAAGCCCUGUACAACAGUCAGCACCGGGGAACGUUAUGACUUUGAGAAGUGUAUCCAAUUACUACAUUCCAAGGGUCUUCGAGCAGUGAGUUUGAUUCCAAAUGAAAUUCUAUCCUUUAGAUAUCAAGCCAACGGCUACCGAGGUGAUGUUAUGAUUUUAAUUCAAAAUGGUACCAUUGUUAACUGGGGCUUUGACGAAACCUUUGUCAGCCAGAAUAUCUUGCAUCUAGUUGAAGAUGCUCGAAUAAAUCCUCUUCCUCACGAAUCUUUUGAAACAGAGGACAUGGAUUUUGUUGAAGUUGAAAGCGUGGAACAAUAUGAAGGUAUUCAAACUAGCGUUUCGCAGACGUCGGAUAUUGCUACAACUUUGGCUAAGUAUGCUGGCACUAGCUUUUUGGCUGGGGAUCUCAUCGUCAUUAAUUCGACUGAUUCUGAUUCAGGAAUGCUGGAUAAAGCUGCGUUCUCUAGUGGACUUGCCAGAAGUACAAAUCUAGCAGUGCUGGAGAAAGCCUUGGAAGCUCACAUAUCGCAAACAAGAAUUAUCACUGAAAAGAUAUCGAAAGGCAUGAAGCUCAAACUGGGAGAAGGGGAAGCUUUGAAGCUGAUUGGAAGGUUAUUUUUAAUCAGAGGCAAAUUGAAUCUAUAUUCCGAAUUAAUUGAAACUCCAGACCUAUACUGGAGUGAGCCUCAGCUGGAACGAACUUUCAAACAAACCUCCAAAUAUUUGGAUAUUGGACCAAGGAUCAGCAUUCUGAACACCAAGUUAGACUACUCGACAGAUGAGUGUCGUGCGCUAAUGAGCGUUUUAAGUGAAAGAAAGAGUACUUUCCUGGAAUGGAUCAUUAUUUAUCUAAUCACUUUCGAGAUUGUGUUCGAACUUUAUCACUUUUAUGAAAGAUACUGCGUUGACAGCCACAAAUUCGCCAAUAAAGACGAUACAGUUGCAUAG